AGAGAUAAAGAGUUAGAGAAAAACUCUUUCUUGUUAGAAAUUAGAGUUGGCCAACUGUGGAAUUCAUGAGGAAAUAUAUGUUGAUUUCUAAAGAUAGAAACGGCCAAAGGGGAAUUCUAAAUUGAACCCAUAAUACAAAGUUAGCAUGUCGUGUUGUUACGUUCAAUGUAGUAUAGUAUAAAUAUAAUCUCUGUUUUUUUUAUCCCUUUUCUUGAUAUAUAAAUAUUUAAUAGUAUUUGCGUGCGUUCAAGAGUAUUUGUCGGCCUAUUCUUAAUCCUCUGAUAUUUCUUCUUGUCAAAAAUUUCUGUUUGAAUCUUUUUUCGGCUUCUUCGUUAUUCCCUAGCAUCAUCCUCUAAGAAAUUGCAGACCAAGAUCGGUUGAGUUCAGACAAAAGAGCCAUUCAUCGAUAUUUUCGAAAUCCCUCUAGGCAAGGAAGCUACGUUGUAGAAUGAAUGGUUGAAUGAAAAAUGAUGUUGACAAGUUUUUGGUUUGAUUGGAAUGCAGAAUGAUGGUGUGAAAGGAUAGAUAGCAGAUGAGGGAGGUGGUGAUGGAGGUGGAGAGUUUGAAGAAAAUGGAGGAAAACAAGGCCAAAGAGAGAAAGAUGGCGAAUUUGGAGGCGGAGGUGGGCCGGAUGAGGCAGGCCGAGGCGGAUAAGGACGCGUCUCUUGGGAGGCUGAUGCGCGACGUGAGGGAGCGAGAGAAAAGGAUCCAAGACUUGGAAGGAGAGCUCGAGCGGAAGAGCAAGUCCGAGGCCAGCAUGGCCAGGCAUCUCGACUCUGCCAUGUUCGAGCUCGAGGAGUCCAAGAUCGAGAUCGCCUCCUUGCACGAGAAGAUGGAUGGACUUGAGGAUUUAUGCAACCAGAUAAGCAAAGAGACGAAAGGGGCUGAGGACACUCGGACCCUCAAGGCAAAGCUGGCCAAGGCGCAGGAGGCCGAGACGAAGGCGCUGAAGAAGGCCGCAUGCUUGGCAGAGGAGAUGGAGGUGGUGAAGGCGGAGUGGAAGUUUGCUAUGGAGGGUGAAGACAAGAGCUCGAAAGCCAUGGAGGAUUUAGCGUUGGCGUUGAAGGAGGUCGCCACGGAGUCGAAUCAAGCCAAAAUGGAGCUGGGUUUGAAGGAGGAGGAGAUGGAAAGGAUGAAGCUUAAGUUGCAUCAAGCUGAACAAGAGGUAGAGGUGCACCAAAAGAACGAGGACAAGUUGAGGGCGGAGACGGAGGAGACGCUCUUCGCUUGGAACGCUAAGGAAAUCGGCUUCGUUAACUGCAUCAAGCGGGCCGAGGAGGAGCGCGCGCUGGCGCAGAUCGAGAACCACAAGCUAACCGAGUCGCUCAAGGCGGCCGAGAAUAUGACCCGGUCCGCACGCGAGGAGACGUACAAGCUGCGAGACAUACUCAAGCAGGCCAUCAACGAAUCGAACGCAGCCAAGGCAGCAGCCGGGAUCGCGAGAGACGAGAACUCGUUGCUCAAAGACUGCUUAGCCGAGAAGGAGGAGGCGCUGCACUUCAUCACGAGGGAGAACGAGCGGCUCCGGAUAAGCGAGGCGGCCGCGCAGGAGCAUGUGAAGCAGCUCAAGCGGAUGCUGACGAUGGCCUCGGCCGAGGUGAAGACGGACGACAAGGAGGAGAUAGGCAUCGUUAUGCACAGCGACGACGACGACCACCAGAGCAUGAAAGACGCGAGAGAGUUCAGCUUCGAUAUUGAUGACUUGAGCUUCUUGAACGAGCCCGAGCCCGAGGAUCCCGAGAAGACAGAGGCGCUAAAGGGCUCCAUCUUCGAUACAAGCGCCGAGACGCCCAAGGCGGCCGAGCCAGCGAAAGGGACCUUCUUUAGGCUAAGGUUUUUGUCUUCGGAGGAAGAGCCUCAUAAGGCCGGGGAUGCCGAGGAGGCGGCCGAGGGGGAUAAGCAACAAGGCCACAGACGGUCGAAAACUAUGUUCCAACGAGUGGGGGGACUUCUCACUAUAAGGAAGAGUUUCCAAAGGAAGGAUCCAUCGGUUGAUCAGAAGAUUAUUCCUACCCAAACUCAGCCUUAGCCAUGUUUGAGGUUGUUGUAGUGACAAAAACUAAACUAGUGCUUGUUUUUUAUUUAUUCAUCAUAUGUUGUAAACUUGUAACGAGAUUUAUUUCUUCAUCAUCGUUCAUAUAUGAUACAUAUCCUCAUUUUUGUGUU